AUGGCGUUUUCCAAGCCCGAGAGUAGCCCUGUCAGAGACUUGCCCAUUUUCCUAGCCGGGGAGAUGGUGUUGAUUUUCCAAGGGCCCAACAUGCGCAAGGCCCACUGUAUCUGGGUGGAUGUGGAGAACAAUCAGGUCAAAUACCUAGUCCGUUAUCCAUCUGAGAGCGAAAUCGCUCCAGUCAGGAGUGGGGCUGCGGCCUUUUCCAGUGCGCCCUUCUGGCGGCACCCACCACCUCAGAUCCGACCCACCCCAAGUGGCCCAAGGUUGUGGCCUAUCCACAGCAGCAGCCAAGGCAGCGCCAUGUGCCUGGGAACUCCCAGAAGCGACUACAGCCAGUCCAUGGUCCUGGGAAGGGGGGGCAGGGGCCUCGGGCUGCCUGUUGCCCCCCAGGUAUUCUCUCAAAGGCCGAUGUACCCCGUUGCGCCCCAUGGUUGGGCCUAUGACUGGCUCUCCGAGGGUAAUGUGCUGCGCUUCACUGCUGCCUACAUGCAGAGGGACCGACAUGCCUACGUCCUCCUCCAGAUAGCGGCUGAGAGAAAGCAGCACCAGACACGUCCUGUUACUGCCUCCUGGAGUACUGCCCACUGCUACCCAACGGAGGACAGGGCCGUUGGGGGAGCAGUGGCACAACCAAGCCUGGUGAUGGGUAGGGGGUAUGCUGGAGGGAGAGGAAACAUGCCAUGGAGAGACAGGGAUGCUACUGCAGGGCCAGAAAAAGAAUCCCUGGGCAGGCAGCAAAUCGAGGUCCUCCUGCCCCAGGCCCUGAGGUGCCUGCUUGUGCAAGACUGGGAGCUGGUGACCUUGGAGAAGAAGUUCUUCAUCCUGCCUGCCCGGAAGACCGUCCAUACCAUCCUGAGUGAGUAUGCUGCUUUCCAUCCAAACCACCGGUCCAGAGACAAGAAGCGUGCUGUCAGUGGACUAGUGGCUUUGAUCAAAGAGUACUUUGACAUGGUGCUGGGUACCCAGCUGCUCUACAGUUUUGAGAGACCUCAGCAUGCUGAGGUCCUGGCCCGUUACCCCACUUAUCAGAUGUCCCAGAUCUAUGGAGGUAUCCAUCUGCUGCGCCUUUUCCCACAGAUGGGCUCCAUGCUGGCUUCCACACCUCUGAGUGAGGGCAACCUCAAUGUUCUGCUGAGCCAUUUGCAAGAUUUCCUGGAAUAUCUGGCCCGUCAUCCUUCUCAGCUAUUUACAGCAGCCACUGAUUACCAGGUGGCUUCUGCUGAAUACCAGAAAAAAGCUGAGUAA